AUGGGAGUGAAGGGGCUGUGGUCGAUCGUAGCCCCUGUUGGGGCGCGGGUGAACCCUGAAAUAUUCACAGGGAAGCGAAUCGCCAUCGAUGUUAGCAUCUGGUUGUACGAGCUGACUUAUGCAAACAACCUCAAGGUGCUACGAAAUGGAGCCUUUGACAACAUGAGCGUCUUUAACGACCUGUGGAUGGAUUUCUCUGACCAUAUGAACACAGACAUGAGGACAGAAAACAUAAAGAAGGUCCACUUGUACUUUUUCUUCCUCCGCAUAUGCAAACUACUCUAUUAUAACAUAAGGCCCAUUUUCAUAUUUGACGGAACCCCCCCAGAACUCAAGAGGAAAACUAUCUUCCAGAGAAAUAUGAGGAAGAGAAAUCAUGAAGAGAAGUUUCAAAAGACUGCCGAAAAACUUAUUUACAAUUAUUACCAGAGGUCCCUAUUAAAAUCGCUGAAAGGUAAUAAAAGGAGUAGCUCGAAAAAGAAGAAUCAAAAUGAAGAAGAGGUUAUCUCGCAAGGACCGUCAUCCACAUCUGUUGGAUUACACCCCAUAGUGGAAGGAAAACCUCCUUACUCUGCACCUCCCAUUCUUACUUCACCGAAACACACUUCUAAGCUGAUCGAACUAUAUGGUAGCAUUAAAGAAAAUGAUGCCUCACUUGGCAGCAUGGUAGAGCAUAUAGGAAACGUGCCUGUUAGUGUCAAGGACGUUUUGAACAUAUGUAAUGAUGAAGAUUUGAAGAAGAUACAGAACAAGGUUCUUAUGAUUAGCGAUUUGGAAGUGCAAGCUGGGGGGGUUACUGCGCACGUGAGUGGAGAAAUGAACGCGAUGGAGCUGGUAAGCGGUCUAAAGGAGAUUGGUGAUAGGAACAACGGGGUGUACAGUUCUGUAGAGGGGGGAAGGAUCAACCACGAAAAUAAAUAUGCGGCCAUCCUGGCAGGAGAAGUCUCAGAACCAAAUGAACCCCCAAAUCACAUCGAUAAUGAAAUUGACGAAGAAAUUGUGAGGAAGAAACACAUGGCCAGGAAAAAGUACUAUGAGAGCAUUCCAAAAAACUUCAAGGGAUUCUUGUGCAUGCGUCGACCGGUCGACAUUAUUGACAUAAACAACUACAGUACGGACAUUUUGGAGUUCACGCGCAAGUUGGGGGAGACCCAGUCCCCGUCCAGGGGGAUCCAGGCGGUUGGUCUAGAUGAAGCGGUCGAACGGGGCAUAACCGUGAAGGACCACACAGAGGGGGAUAGCCGCCACAACGAGGGGGAGGCAGACACGCCGCUACAUAUCGGACAUAGCGAGCAGGAUAGCGUGGAGAAGAAGGGAACACCAGACAAUGCAUAUAUUCUCCCCGGCGAUGGAGACAUGGUCGAAGAAAAGGAAGAGAUCAACGUUCUUGAGUUGCCUUCCACCCUUAACCGGGAUGAACUGUUCCGCGAAGGGAAAGACGAAUACAAAGUGUACUACGUAAAUAAUGAGGAAAUAAAAAUUCCCCUGUUCAAGGAAUUAAACAAGGACGUGUUUGAAAAACUACCCAUCAAAUUACAGUACCAAAUUCUGCAAGACAUAAAGGAGGAGUGGUAUGUGGACAACAGGGUAAAGGCCAUAAAGGCUAAAGACGACAUGGAUGUAUUUUCGCAGGUGCAGUUGGAGACAUACGUGAGGAUGAUUAAAACGGACUUUGAAAUUGAGAAACUCAAAAUAAAAAUGGCAGAAAAUAUACAAAGCGAGGAGGGAGAACUUAUUAUUAAUAACGAAUUGUCCAAACAGUUCGACAGCCUCAGCAUCAGGGAUUACAACGAUGUGAAUAAGAAAAAAAAAAAAAAAAAAAAAAAAUAA